AUGUCAUCUGUUUGGAGUCCUCUGGUUACAGUUCUCGCCAUAUUAAUCUUACAAGUGCAAGCCAUCAAAACCAGGUCCAGGGUGACCACUUUCGAGAUUCACCUGUCCAAUGGCGCUGCAAAUCCCGUUGGCAUCGGCGAGCGCCCGGUAAUUCUGAUCAACGACAGCUUCGUCGGCCCAACACUACACGCAAAGCAAGGAGACGAUGUCAAAUUUCUAGUGCGAAAUUACUUGGAACAAGGCACAUCUGUACACUUUCACGGCAUCAGUCAGAGCAACUCGCCUUGGUCUGAUGGCGUCCCUGGCCUUACCCAAGCGUCGAUCAAUCCUGGAGCUUCCUACCUCUACCAAUGGCAAGCACAAGAAUCUGGAGUAUACUUUUACCAUGCUCAUGCAAGGUCACAGAUGAUGGAUGGCAUGUAUGGAGCAAUUAUCAUUGAGCCAGCUGAGGAGGAACCGCGGCCGUUCCAUCUGAUGAGUGAAGAGCAAGGCGAACAAGUCGCCAUGACGGGAGCAGAAACCAGCAUGGAGACGCUGAUGAUCUCUGACUGGACCCAAUUCACUUCUACGGAGUUCCAUGCUAUACAGUCAGCUGCCAACGUGGACAUGGCAUGCAUCGAUGCGAUCAUCAUCAAUGGCAUCGGCUCGCAAUACUGUCUCGACAAUGACGCUCUAGACAACAUGACGCAUCCGGUUGUGCGCCAGAUGUUGCACGACCUGGGUGUCGACCACGUCACUCACAAAGGAUGUAUUCCCGCAAUGCAAGAAUUCCAGGGUGACUUUGACCUUGACCUCGACCGUCUUCCUCCGACAGCCUACGAUCAAUGUCUAGGCGGACAGAACGAUCGAGGCAACUUCACGCUGAACGUGAACAGUUCUUUGGGCUGGGCUGCUUUGACUUUCAUCAAUCCCGGCAGUCUCUAUCCUCUUCAGGUUUCAAUCGAUGGCCAUGAGCCUACCGUCUUCGCUGUUGACGGACGUUAUGUGAUGCCCAUCAAAACUGAUCGAUUCUUGGUGAACACUGGAAGCAGGAUCUCGAUCAUGAUCAAACUAGAUCAAAGACCAGGUCGCUACACGAUCCGCAUCGCCAACAGCUAUCUCAACCAAAUUCUAGGCGGCUUCGGAGAGCUGGCCUACGAUGGAUCCAAUACUAGAGCGAAAUGGGCUGAACCUAAGAUCGAUUUCGCUGGGCACCCACUCAACAAAGACGUCGUGUCGUUCAUCCCAGAAGACACGAAGCCUUACCCGGCAGUCUGCCCAAAACAACGUGCCGACAAGACCUUCAAGAUCCUGCUUCGCAAACUCGGUCGGCCCUAUGGCGCCUAUGAGUGGACCAUGACGGGCAAGCACGGCUACAACAUGAGCCGUGAGCGGACAGAUCCUCCGCUCCUGCUCCAGAAUCCUAACGAUAUCUCCCGCGAUGAGGAGUUGAUCCUGAAAACAAACAAAGACGAGUGGGUCGACAUCAUUAUGGUCACGGAAGGACCCUUCGCCCAGGCCCACCCAAUGCACAAGCAUGGGAACAGGAUGUUCCUGAUCGGCUCGGGCAAAGGCAACUUUCCCUGGGAGUCCGUCGAGGAAGCCAGUAAGCACUUACCCGAAGGAAAAUUCAAUUUGGAAACGCCGCCUUACCUGGAUACGUUCAACACGGUGGAGAUCCAGGGUGAGCCGACGGAUACAUGGACGGCGAUCAGGUAUAAAGCGGAUAGUCCUGGAGUGUGGUUGUUUCAUUGCCAUGUACAGACUCAUCUAUCUGGGGGCAUGGCUAUGGUGCUUGUAGAUGGCGUUGAUGAUUUUCCGGAGGUGCCUUUGGCCUAUCGAGAGUGGAAUGGAUUCGAGCCCCCUUAUGUCAUCUAA